ACCACAUCUCCCAACGCUGCGUUACCCACCCAUUCUCAACCCCAGGUCCUGUGCAACGCGACAUACCCUAUAUUGGUGACACGAAUCACUUCCUUUCGGCCAACACAGGGCAGACGUCUGCCUUGAAAUGUUGCUUGUGAUGCCAUACCGCAGAAGACACCCUGUCCCUCUCGCGACUGCAUCGUAAUACACCCACCCUCGAGUCCUUUGGUGUUCGGUCUUUGUACAUGUCUGCCUGUACACUAUGGCCAACAAGCCCAAUUCACGAUGGGGAUUUCUGACACAGGCUGUGGCUUCGGUCGAGUCAAGGCUAGACAAUAUCUUAGCAGACGAGAAUGAUCAGCCUCAGCCGAAGCGCACUGUCCCCUCAGCGCAGCCCUCACAAGAAGUUCUGCCCAGCAAGAGAGCCUCCGCAGACCUCUCACGAAGUAAUAGCAAUGCCUCAGCCGCGAAUGACCGCCUACAGGAACGCCUUGCCCGGGCAAUGGCGAAGAAGAAUAUGAACCGACCAGAGAGCCCAGCGGUGAUCCCAGAUCCCGAGCGAUCUUCAUCCUCUGGACAAUCGCCACUACUUCUUAGUGCCGAUAUUGCGGAGGAUGGACAGGAGUUCGCUUCAAAGUCCGAGACAUUGGAAGGGGCAUCCCGUUUAUCGGUCGAAAGCAAAGCCCCGACAGACACUGAAGCUCCUGUUCCGUCUGACGUCGUCACAUCCGCGGGGACCGAAGAAGCGGAAGCGGUUGAUUCAGUGCCUGAGGUAAAGGUGGUAGCGCCAGCAGAACCCGAGUCACCUGCUUCUGUUACACACGCAAUCCCAAACGACUCAACUGCUGUGUCUGCCAGGAUCUCGGUUGAUAGAAUAUCGAGCGACACGCAGAGAAUGAGCGAGGAUAUCUCAAUAAGAUCAUCCUUGGAAGAUUCUGGGACUAUAGUCAAACUCCAGGAAGAGAUCAAAGGUUAUAUCGAGCGAAUCGAUGCACUCCAAUCCAAGCUACAAUACCUCAGCAAAGAGGCAGCGGCGUCUGCAAAGCAGGCUGCCGCCGCUGCUUCUGCAGGGAGCAUGGAGAGAAAACUUCUCGAGAAGGACGAAAAGAUUGCUUUGUUGAUGCAAGAAGGCCAGAAACUGUCCAAAGCUGAAAUGACACACCUGACUACGAUCAAGAAGAUCCGGGCUCAGGCCAUUUCCAACAAUAAAGAGCACGAAAAUACCAAACUUCGUGCAGACAAGGCGGAAAGAGCAUUACGCGCCAUGGAGGAUCGCGCUAAAAGGGCGGAAUCCAUGAGUAAACGAGCAGAGCAGAACCUCGCUUCGAGUCUAAGCAGUGCAAACGACCUCGAGGCAAUUCGCAAAGAACGAGACGCAUUACAGUUGACAGUUUCAGACAUCAAAGCACAGCUAUCGAAAGCCAACUCUAGAGCAGACUUGGCAGAAAAUAAAGCGCAGUCAGAUCUCUUGGAAAAGGAACGCAGGAGGGCUGCAGAAUUACAGGACGACCUGACGAGUGCUAAAGUUGAGCGCGAGAUCAAGGAAGAGAAGCUCUUGAGGGAGAUCAGUGACCUGAAAGCUGCACUGGAUCGGGAGAAGGAGCAAGCUCGCGCAAUGGAAAGCGAGAUGUUGAACGAGCAAGCAACACUCGAGAGCCGACUGGAAUCGUUUCGUGUCAGGGCCGAGGAGGCAACAUCACUGGAUCAUGGAAACGUUCAAGCCAAGUUGCUUCGGCAGAUUGAAACGCUACAGAGCCAAUACGCGAAUGCAAGCCAGAAUUGGCAAGGCAUUGAGACCAACAUGCUGGGCCGGAUCACAAGUCUAGAGAGAGAACGUGAUGAAGCGGUAAGCAGAGAAACAGACCUUCGCAAGAAGCUUCGAGAUGCCACACUCAAAACGAAGGGGGUCGAGAGAGAGCUCGAGAGCAUGCAGACCAGUUAUGCAGAAUUGGAUCGCACCGUCGCUGAGUCGGAAACGGAAAUCCAGCGUCUGACCCGCAAAGCAGCUCAACUCGAGACGGACCUAGCCAACGCGCAAAAGGACUUUGAAGAACAAAAGACCAGUGCCGAACGAGAAUUUCAGCGGAAGUUUGAGGACGAGAAAGCAAAAUGGACGGCAGCGUUGCAUGUCCAGAGGAAUGAAUCCCCAGGGACAUCGAUUCGAAAGCAAAGCCCAGGCUCAGGCUUCGAUCUAAAUCAUCUAAUGAGUCCUGUUGCUUAUGAACGAGGCUCCGUCCGGAGGUCGUUCACCAUGCAAGGCUUCGAUUCCAACACCCCUCCCCGUCAACAAUCAACCACGUCUUUCAAGGGCCUCAGCAAUGGCUCCGCAGUCGAGACGCCUUCAGCGUUAACCUCAAUGGACCCCGACGAAUACUUUGUCAACGUGCCACCUACUCCCAUCUCUCCCAGCCAUCAAUCAAACCGAGGUAUGCAUGACCUGGUAUCUAACUCGACCGUUGGAGCAGGACCUUCGGUUCAACUUGUGGAGCGAAUGUCUGCCAAUGUUCGUCGGUUGGAAAGUGAGAAAGCCGCUUCCAAAGACGAACUGAGUCGAAUCACCGGACAGCGCGACGAAGCUCGACAAGAGGUUGUCAAUUUAAUGCGUGAGGUGGAAGAGAAAAGGUCGAUCGAGGCUCGCCUGAAAGCCCUGGAGGCUGCGCACCAAGAAUUGACCGAGAGGCACAAAACCACUCUUGAGAUCCUCGGCGAGAAAAGCGAGCAAGUGGAGGAGCUCAAGGCAGAUGUUGUGGAUGUGAAGCAAAUGUAUCGACAAUUGGCGGACACAAUGAAAUGAUAUUGUGCCUGUGGCCGGUUAGCUUUAGGAAUGCCGAUCCGGAUCUCAAUUUGAUGUAUCUCCAGAGUAAGCCGUAGCCGUCGCC